AGUCUUCUUUGAUUUUCAACUCUUGGUUUCGCAUCAGGUUCUAGACUUAUCCUAUGACUACACAAAGUUGGGUCAAGACCCUUAAUGUCUGCUAAAGUCCAGCCUAUGGCCUCACUGUGUUCCUUUAAAACUCUCAAUAACAUUAAUUCUUGUGGUUCAGUUAAAAGAUUUGAUAUGAUCACAGGAAGUGUUCCAUUUUCACUCAAAAAAGCAUAUUUAAGAUGAAGAGGCAACUCUUUAAGUUCAAUUUCAGUAAGUAUUCUCUUCCAUUGUAUUUAUUUUUUAAUUUCCAAAAUAAGGAGCUCCAUCCCUACUACCCUAACCAAGCCCCUGAAUCGGAAAGAUGAAAAUUUCAAAUCUUGACGCUUGAGCUUCAUUCAAAAUUGAAAUAUAGCAUAGUAUUUGAUGACUUGGGGCUUGCAAAGUAUAGAUGCAAGCAUAAAUGGAUGAACUUUUGUUUAAAGUUGGAAGCUUUAUGUAGUUUUUGCUGUUCCAGGCCUUUGAAUUUUUGCUAUCAUAAUUAUUAUUGUUACUAUUAUCAUCACAAAUCAGAAAAGUUGAGGCCUUUUUUGCUUCAAUUCCAUUUUUGUUUCUCCAAACUGACAGAUGAAUGGUGGUCAAUCGAUUUAAUUGUUCGACCUUGACGAUGAGGAAAAGGGUCGCAAGCAGAUCUGGUUUGUUUGUACCCAGGAAGUGUUUGAAGAGAAACCGGAUGAGUAGUCGAGAGGAGGAGGAAAAGGAUAGAAUUAGUGAAUUACCAGAUGACAUACUUGUUCAUAUACUAUCGUAUAUGAACUGUAAAGAAGCAGCGCGUACCAGUGCAUUGUCAAGUCGGUGGAAAGAGAUGUGGAUGCAUACACCAACUCUUGAUUUUGAUGUUAUGGGAGAUUACAUGAAAUUGCCAUCAGAUUUCGCCUUAAUACCCGGGGAAGCCACCAAGUAUGUUGACUGUGUAAACCGAGUGUUGAAACUUCACAAAGCCAAGGAAUCUAUAACCGAGUUCAAGGUCCGUUUUGAUAUAAGGAAAUGCCACCAGGGUUACAUUGAUGGUUGGGUUAAGUUUGCGUGCUCCCAGCAGCGUUUGGAAAAACUGGAUUUCAGCUUCUUGGACGCGAGGUACUAUCUGCAUAACGAACCCGAGACCUCUGUUUUUCCUAAUCCACUCACCCUAAGUGGCGGUGGUUUUAGAAGCCUGAAAGAGUUGUGCUUCAAGAGUAUCAAUGUCAAUGAUGACGUGCUCGCCUACUUUGUGGGAAAUUGUCAGUUGCUUGAACGAUUGGUAGUGCAUUACUUGCAUCAUCUAGAACAUCUACAAGUGACAGGUCCGAAUCUCAAGUUGAAGCACUUGGAAUUAGUCUGGUGUGACAGGCUAGAACUUGUUAGGGUGUCGGAUACAAAUAUAGUCUCGAUUGUAUUCGAGACAUGUGGAGACUUGCAACUUCAUAAUGUACCCAGUCUUGUUCGUGUAAAUUUUCCUCGGAUGACUGAACCUGUUGAGAGUGUUUUAUCUCGCCUUUCGUGCUGCGCCUUCUCUCAAUUAGAGAUGCUUCAUUUGGCUGUUUCGCACCGUUUAAUACAAAAAAUGGAGAUGCAAGAAUUUCCUCAACUAACUAAGGUCAAGGAGUUACUCAUAUAUACUGAACCACAAGAGGAUUUUAGUCUAAUUGGGUUGACAUCUCUGCUCAGGGCCUCUCCAAACUUGCAAACUUUUGUCCUAGAGUUGAGCUGGUUUAAACCCGAUAGGACGAGAAGGGAAUGGAAGGAGGCUUUAGAAUCUCCACUUGAACAUCUUAAAGAGGUGUUAGUAUAUGGAUAUCAUGGUUGUGCUAGUGAGGUUGAGCUUUUGGCGUAUAUCUUUCGGAAUUCGACUGCGUUGGAGAAACUCACAAUCGAUCCUCAGGAGAAACGUGAUAUGCCUGUCCCUGAGUAUCCUCAUAAGAUGGAAGAACUGCAAGCUGCAUAACGCGUUGCUAAGCACUAUGCUGAGACGCAACUGACUGAAAUUGCUCCUGAGCAUGUUAACUUAUUCAUUCUAUAGGGACACAUUUAACUUUUUUACAAAACAAAUUACUAUACAUAACAAUGUUAUUUUCCCCUUCUCACCUUUAUUCUUUUCUUUGAGUUGGACCUCAUGUCAUGAUGUUGUAUGUUUGAUUUGACAAUUUAAUUAUAAUUUCACUGGUUUGGUACCCUUUGCAAAAAUGCACUUUUUCCAUCCAAUAAAUUUGUACCUUAUGCUAUGGGAGUGGUACAUUUCAUCUUUCGACCAGGUCACCAAGAUUAUCCUCAGCGUCUCUAACUGCUGUUAACCCUGCCGAAAAGCUUGCUACUAAAUUGUCAAUCAAUUGUCACCAUCGCAUCUUUGCUGCAUCUCCGUCAUCCAACACUGCAUGUUCACCACUGUAGUGCAACACCACAGCCAAUCAACACAUAUUCAAGGGAUAGCCAAACCACGGGGGAAUUAAACAAAGAGAUCUGCUAUUGUGGCGCAAGUGGAGAAGUGGAGAUGGUGUCUCAUCUGGUUGCAGUGCUGCUACCCAAGAAAUAAUUGACGCAAAA